AUUCUGCAUUCUACAGUUGCUUCCUCCCUCCCUCCCUCCACACGCACAAGCAAGGUAAAUUGACGCGAAGACUUCGAUCCAUGGGAUGACCGACUCUCUUUUAUUUCAAAAUUCAUCAUCUGUCAAAUGAAAAUUUUGAAUCUGUGCAUUCUACACUCACUCUGGAGGUCCAUAUUUCUGUAUCCAUAUCCAUAUAUAAUCGUAAUCUACAUUACUAAUAACAAGACAGAAAGGGGGAAGGCGGAGAAGAAGUAGAAUAAAGGGAACAAAGAAAGCGAUGCAUUCCAUAAAAGACAGAGUUUCAGCGACCCUUUCACGUCUCUUCUCUGAUUCUCCAAUUCAAACUGUCGACAAUCAACCUCAGGCUGGGCCAGAUACGAAGGACAGAAAAUCUAUAUCUUCACUACUUUACUAUGUGCUUCCAUCAUCAAAUUUUGACAGGUCGAAAGAUCAGCAAGAUAAAACUCCAGUCCAGUCACCUUCUUUUACAUGGAGAAGUAGAAGCUUUAAAUGGGAAGAUAGACCCUUGGAAAGAUUUGAUGAUUGUGACAUUGAGAACGAUUGCGAUGAUAUCCUGAACUUUUACAGGGAAAAUGGAGAAAGUGAAUUUAAUAGGAUCUGUAAUUUAAAUGGUUACGCUGAAAACCUCGAGCCUAACUCUGCAAGGAGUGUUGCUAGUGGUUGUGAAGUCUUUGAGGAUGCCCAUGAUGGAGUUGACUUUGGCUCCAUGCCUAAUCUCAUUAAAGAGUCUCGUUUUAUUACCCCCGACUUGUAUGAGUUUCUCCAAGCAUCGCUUCCUAAUAUAGUCAAAGGGUGUCAAUGGAUAUUACUGUACAGCACGGAUAGAGAUGGUAUUUCACUUCGUACACUCAUUCACAAGAGCACUGAUGUUUCUGGUCCAUGUUUGCUAAUUGCGGGUGAUAAGGAAGGUGCUGUAUUUGGUGGAUUGCUUGAGGCACCCUUGACACCCACUGCAAAAGCAAAAUAUCAGGGGACAAAUCAAACAUUUGUGUUUACAACUAUAUAUGGUGCGCCGAGGCUGUUUAUACCAACUGGUGCCAAUAGAUAUUUCUUUUUGUGCAAGAAUGAGCAACUUGCCUUUGGAGGGGGAGAACAUUUCGCUUUAAGCUUGGAUGGAGAUCUGCUGUCUGGCAGCAGUGGACCUUGUGAGACUUUUGGGAACUCAUGCUUAGCAAAUAAUGAAGAAUUUGAGUUAAAGAAUGUUGAGCUUUGGGGUUUUAGACAUGCAUCUCGAUACCUUUGAUUGAUGCAACCUCUCGAAAAUUUGUAUAGUCUGAAGAGUGGCUACAUAAUCACGGAGACACAACGAACAUCAUUCGAAGGCGUCUCUUCAUCAUUACUUCAGUGAUGACAAGCAUUAACCUGCUGAUGAGCAUCUCCAUAAUUCAUUUUUGGAAGACCAUGCCAUAUCUAACUAACUACAUAUGACCGACCAUGUUGUAUUGGUUUUAAAAUUAAAAAAAGACUCGGUUAUAGCGGAGUCUGAACUUCUAAGAAAUUUUUGUCAUUUGAACGUAAUUGACAUGGUGUACCACUGUACCUGACCAUUGGCAUAUAUGUUUACAUUUAUACGGAGAUGAACAAUCAUCACCGAUGUUGAAUAUUUACUACUACGUAUGUAACACUUCAUAUAUUUUCCGAAGUUGUAUAUUUGUUUAUUUAGUUGAAUAUGUAUUUGUUUAUUUAUUAUUUGUCUGUCUUUUUUAAUCAUUUGAAAA